GUUUACAUCUGCACAACUUGCCGAUUCAUGACAGAUAGAUUACUUGUAGAUUUCAUCAAACUGUUGUGAAAUAUCGCUUUAUUGGAGAAGGAUGACACAGGCAGGCCUCGAACUACUGUUUGACACUGUGUCGGAGCAGCUGACAUGCCCAGGGGACGCUGUCAUUUGUGUCUUGCACUGGAAUAUAGUGUCAAAUGGGUUUAAAUGCACAGGAGUUGGCGAGGAUGGGCUCCUGUCUAAAAAGACUGAGCGUUUACCCCAGGGAUGGAACAAUUCCAGAGAGCUGUACACACUCAAGUAUAACCAAACCAAGUCUAAUGAUGACUUUGUACUUAAAGUGGUGAAAAUCGAUGAGAGUCUCCUUGUACAUUUCAUGAGACGGAGAGAUGAGAAGGUGUCGAGUAUGAAUAUCCGUCUUGCAAUGUACACAAAUCAGGAUCUCACAGAUAUAGAUACAGCUUUCAAGAAUUUAGGGGAGCUUGAAAAGAACAUUACGAAAGAGAUAUUAAAAGAUUUCCUGUCUGGCACCAAGACAUCUUCCUCACAAGCAUCAGUAUCAAGGACACAGAGUAAUCAAGGGAGAUCGCCCUUGUUAGAAGAUGAUCCACUGCGAGUCCCAAGUCGUAGGCAGCCUGCCCCUCCCGACUGGAUGCCAUCAAGUGACCCAUUCGCAGUCGGGCGAUCUGACCUUGACCCUCUAGCUGGUGGGAUGGGUGGGAUGUUGAUGGACCCCCGAAGGUCGGGUGUUCCUGGGUUUGCGCCUGACCCAAAUGCUGGUCUACCAAGUAGGCUCCCACCGGGCUCUGUUCCACCAGGAGCGAGGUUCGACCCAUUUGGACCCCCUGGAGCCAGACAUGGGCCUGAUCCAGACCACAUGAAACCCCCGGGCUAUGAUGACAUGUUCAUGUGAACUGGCUUGUAAUAGAUCAUGUGACCUGGCUAGUACUGGAUAUUGUGACCUGGCUCAUUCUUGGUCAUGUGACCUGGCUAGUACUGGGUCAUGUGACCUGGCUAGUACUGGAUCAUGUGACCUGGCAAGUACUGGAUAUUGUGACCUGGCUCAUUCUGGAUCAUGUGACCUGGCUUGUACUGAAUCAUGGGACCUGGCUUGUACUGGAAUAUGUGACCUUGCUAGUACUGGAUCAUGUGACCUGGCUAGUACUGGAUAUUGUGACCUGGCUCAUUCUGGAUCAUGUGACCUUGCUAGUACUGGAUCAUGUGACCUGGCUAGUACUGGAUCAUGUGACCUGGCUGGUAAUGGAUAUUGUGACCUGGCUCAUUCUGGAUCAUGUGACCUGGCUUGUACUGAACCAUGUGACCUGGCUUGUACUGGAACAUGUGACCUGGCUAGUACUGGAUCAUGUGACCUGGCUGGUAAUGGAUAUUGUGACCUGGCUCAUUCUGGAACAUGUGACCUGGCUUGUACUGAACCAUGUGACCUGGCUUGUAUUGGAUCAUGUGACCUGGCUUGUAUUGGAUCAUGUGACCUGGCUUGUAUUGGAUCAUGUGACCUGGCAGUGAGGGACCACACACAUGUUAUAGCUGUCUGUUAUACUCUUUCUUCCAUGUCGUCAUGGUGCUUGUUUUAACUUGUAUAUAUUGUUUGUGGUCAAGCAGAUCAAGUUCAAAAUGUCAGUUAUGGAUUGGAUGUAAAGUAACCUGUAAAACUACUCUCAUGACAUGUUCUUUGUUGAUUCACAUUCUUUGGAAAUAAAACAGUUGUUUUUAGACAUAUCACCAGCCA